AUGCGUUUCAUUCUACCAUUUCUCUGUCUCGGCGCUGCUUCGGCGGUUGCCCAAGAUCCGCUGGCCAUUCCAGACGACUUUGAUGUUGAGCAGGGAGAAAUGCAAGUCGUUAAAGGUGAUGUGUUCAACAUUACCUUUGAGGAGUUCGGCGACACCAGUUUCGACAACCCACUCGACAAGAGGGGUGCGAUGAGAGGAACCAUGACAGUCGGAAAGACCUACAUGGACUAUGGCUGCGAUGCCUCCAUCAGGAAGACCUUGGACCAAGGCAUUAGAGCCCUCUGUGAUGGAAACGGCUGUGAUGGCGGAUCAACCUGGUCCCGAAAGGUACAGCACUCGGAAGGCCAUCGUCCCGCAGACGCCACCAUCUCUGUUCGCGUUGAAGCCGUCUACAAGGACGGGUAUGCUCUGAACAAGCUGAGGGAGGGUGUCCUUGAGUCCGUACGUCCCGACACUACUAAGCCGAAGAACAUUAACUGGUCAUGGAGACAGCCUGGAGGCUGGGAGGUACUCCAGAAGUUCGCCGCUGACACACGGACAGCCGUUGAUAUCGCAAAAUGGGUUUUCGAAAACAUCGUUGGUCCCGCGGCUACCAAGAAGGUUGGAGAUUGGAUUGGGAAAGUCUCUGCGUCGCAACAGAAGUAA